AUGUCCUCCACAACCGAGGCCCGCAAAAGAUCCCAGACAACAGGCUGGCGAGCGCCCACUGAUCGCUACGCACGACGCCAUCCCGUCCCCCGGGACCAAGCCCUCUCAGCCUUCGUACUCCGCUCCCCGCAUCCCCGGCGCCGGCCUCUCCGGCCAGCCCCCGAUGCGGUCCCUAGCGCCGGUCUCUUAUCCAACUCCCGUCCACGCACGUACCUGCACGUACUCAAGACGUGGUACCGUGCACCUCGUCCCCGAACACCCCGUGCAAUGCUCCCGUCGGCGUUCCCCGCCCGCGCAGAACACCAAACACGUGGCAGGGGCACGCCUCCCUCGCAGGCGCCCAGCGCUCCACCGUAG